AGCUUUGGUUGGUUUCUUGCCAACAGCAACGCGAUGGAUUUCGCUGCGGGGGCCGGUGGGGACGUGACCUUCCGAAUGGUGGGCGGGAUUCUGGAGCUGUGGGUGUUUUGUGGCCCCGGUCCGGAGCAGGUGACGGCGCAGUACCAGGAGGUGGUGGGACGGCCCGCCAUGCCGCCGCGUUGGGCGCUGGGAUUCCACCAGUCCAGGUACGGGUACGGCAGUGUGGACGAGCUGGAGGACGUAGUUGCGUCGUACAACCAGGCACGCAUCCCGCUUGACGUGGUCUGGAGCGACAUUGACUACACGGACCGAGCGCGGAUGUUCACAGUGGACCCCGAGCACUACCCCCAACAGCGACUGAGGGCUUUAGUGGACAGCCUACAUGCCAGUGGGCGGCGCUGGGUGCCUAUACUGGACUGCGGCAUCACGGCGCUGCCUGGAGCUGGGUACGAGCCGUACGAGAGGGGCUUGUCGUACGAUGUCUUUAUCAAGGACAGCGGUGGGCAACCGCUGGUGGGACAGGUAUGGUCAGGGCCUACCCAUUGGCCGGAUUUCAUGCACCCCAACGCCACGCCGUACUGGACGAGCCUCAUGGCGGAGAUGUACGACAAACUGCCGUAUGACGGCAUCUGGCUGGAUAUGAACGAGCCGUCGAACUUUUGCACGGGCGAGUGUGAGCUGCCGGCGCGGCGGUCACCGUCUGCAGCGGCGGCGGCGGCAGCGACAGAGGUUGGCGCCGCCGCUGCCGUCGCCGCCGCCGCCGCUGCUUCUGGCCGUCCGGCGGGGCCCUUGGGCAUCGCUUGUGUACUGCAGUGCAGACAGCCCGGGUGGGUGUACGACGCGCUGUCCAACCCGCCGUACCGCGUCAAUAACGGUAACCGCCAUGCGCCCUUGUACGGCAACACCCUGCCGAUGACGGCCGUGGGGUACGGUGGUGUACGGCAGUACGACGCGCAUAACCUGUACGCGCUGGCGGAGAGCCGUGUGACUCACGCAGCGCUGCGGUCGGUCAACCCCGGCGCAAGGCCCUUCAUCCUCACCAGGUCUUCCUGGGCUGGUCAGGGUCGCUACUCGGCUCACUGGACUGGGGACAACACCGCCAGCUGGGAUGACUUGCGGAGGUCUCCGGGGGGCCUUAUGGCGGCAUCUCUGGCGGGUAUGGCCCUUGCGGGGGCGGAUGUUUGCGGCUUCAUGGGGGCCACCAAUGAGCAGCUGUGUGCCAGGUGGUUGGCAGCGGGCGCCUUCUACACCUUCGCUCGCGACCACAGCGACCGAGGCUCACCCCCUCAGGAGCCCUACCGCUGGCCGCUGGUGGCGGAGGCGGCGCGUAAUGCGCUGGGCGCUAGGUACUCUCUGUUGCCGUACCUGUACACUGCCUUUUACCUGGCGCACACCCGCGGCGGCACGGUAGCACGGCCGCUGGUCUGGGCGGUCCCAGGUGACCCACGGGUCACUGAUCUGUCCAGCCAGUGGCUACUGGGGGAUGCGUUGAUGGUGGCGCCCGUCCUGGCGCCCGACAUGGACACGGUGAAUGUGUAUUUCUCCGGCCCCGGC